AGACAGCGUGUGGAGAAAAAUCUUCUCCGUAAAGUCGACCUCAGGAUGUCCAUCCUCGUCCUCAUUUAUAUCUUGAACUACAUCGAUCGCAAUAAUGCAGCUGCAGCUAGAUUACGCGGCUUUGAGGAUGAUCUUCAUUUAGAAGGGCAACAAUUCAAUACCAUAUUAAGUAUUCUUUACGUCGGCUACACACUAAUGCAGGUUCCAUCCAAUAUGUACUUGAACGAGAUAGGGAGGCCCUCCAUAUAUCUGCCGAUAUGCAUGACAAUAUGGGGUCUGAUAUCAGUCCUAACGGGUCACUUCCUUGGAGCUGUAAGCACUCGGUUUUUCCUGGGAUUCGUCGAGGCCGCAUUCUUUCCUGGUGCUUUAUUUCUCCUAUCUAAAUGGUACAAGCGAAGAGAGCUUGGACAACGAACAGCAGUAUUAAGCUGUGGUAUUAUGAUCAGUAAUGCCUUUGGGUCACUUUUGGCAUCAGCUAUUCUGGACGGCAUGGACGGAGUUAUGGGCCUCGCAGCUUGGAGAUGGCUGUUUUACAUCGAAGGUUCUAUGACAAUUUGCGUCGCAAUAUGCGCCAUAUUCAUCCUUCCCGACUUCCCUGCCACUACCACGUCGUGUUCCUGGCUCACAGCCGAAGAACAAGUUCUUGCUCAAUUACGAAUGGAGGAAGAUGCCGGUGUAGAUGAUGAAACUGAGUGUUCCAAAGGUGGGGAAUCAGGUCUGAAGCAGGCAUUCUCAGAUUGGAAGGUCUGGUGGCUUGCGCUUGCGAUGGCGACCUUGAAUGUCUUGCUAUCAUUCAACGCCUUUUUUCCAACGUUGAGUGCAACGCUAGGCUACAGUUCGACUGUGUCAUUGUUGCUUUGUUCCCCACCUUGGCUGUUUGCAACAUGCGUGGCAUUUUUGAUGUCAAGACAUUCUGAUGCAACAGGUGAACGUUUUGGCCACAUUUUGAUACCUUUACUUGUCGGGAUCGCGGGGUUCAUGAUGGCCAUGGCGACCAUGAAUACCGCAGUUAGAUACCUCUCAUUAUUCCUGAUGGCUCAGUCUUAUACGGCAUUUGUCGUGUACUGGGCAUGGGUGAGCAACUCUAUUCCCCGUCCGACAUCAAAGCGGGCCGUAGCCCUUGCAUUCAUCAAUGCAUUCUCAUCAUUAGGAAAUAUCACUGGCUCCUACGUCUGGCCAAAAUCAUGGGGUCCUUCCUAUUGGAACUCGUAUGCUAUCUGUAUAGGAAGCGGUGCUCUUUGCAUUAUAAUGUCAUGGAUAUUCAGGCGACACUUGGUGCGGUUGAAUCAGGAGAUCGAAGCAAAGAAGAUAGAAGAAGGGCCGAAGGAUUUCACAUAUCUGCUGUGA